AUGCUGCGGCCAGCGCUGAACUCGGAGCUUGCCGAGGCGCAUCAGAAGAUCCCAUCGCUGGAUGUCGAUACUCCGGAAAAGAGGAGCUCGUACCGCCAAUUCGUCAAUUCACUCUUCACGGUGGAGGGUACCAUCAAGGGUAAAGAGGACGUGAUUGGAUAUGAAGAGCGUGACAUCCCGGGUCCGGCAGGAGCCAUGAGAGUGACAAUCUUCCGUCCCAAGAACCCAACCCGCCAAGUCGAAGACACCCCCGGAUUCCUGCAUAUCCACGGCGGUGGCCCCUCCACUGGAAACCGCUUCCUAGGGUUCACCAUGAUUGACUGGGUGGAGUCUCUUGGCGCCGUCGGUAUGACUGCCGAGUACCGUCUCGCUCCCGAGCAUCCCCAGCCAGCUGCCCUGGAAGACAGCUAUGCGGCCCUGCAGUGGAUGAGCGAGCACGCAACAGAGCUCGGCUUCAAUCCACACAAGCUGAUCGUCUGUGGCGGCUCAGCGGGGGGCAACCUUACCGCCGGUGUCACCCUGCUCGCCCGCGACCGUUCAGGUCCAGAAAUCCGAGGACAGGUUCUCAUGUACCCAUGGCUCGACGACAGGGCGGACUCUCUAUCAGUGCAGCAAUUUGGCGAUAUCGCCCCCGUGAGCAAGGCGGAUCUGCUUACGGUCACCAACUUCGCUUUCGGCGAGCACCACGAGCAUGCCGACAUGUAUACCGCCCCGUCACGGGCAAAGGAUCUGUCCGGCCUGCCGCCGACAUUCAUCGACGUCGGCGAGGCGGAUGUCUUCCGUGACCAAGACGUUGCCUAUGCUUCGGCCUUGUGGAGGGACGGGGUCUCGACCGAGCUCCACGUAUGGCCCGGUAGCUGGCAUGGCUUCGACCUGUUCGUGCCAGAUGCCCCUAUCAGUCGACGAGCGAUGGCCACUCGCGUGGACUGGCUUCGGAAAUUGCUCGGCAACUAG